AUGAGCUCCGCCUCCAGCGAGCCUGGUGACGGGGACGCAGCGGAGCGGUCCCAGCCGGGGCUGGACACUGUGAUCCAGAGACUGGAGGACACUGUCCUGAGUCCCACGGCCAGCAGAGAGGACCGGGCGCUGACCGUGCGCGGGGGAGACUGGCGGGCCUCGCCCACCCCCCUGCCCGCCCGCAUCCGGGAGAUUGUGGCCGGCAGCCUGGGCGAGGAGCCGCCCCAAGGGGAGCGGGAGCCGGCUGCCCCGGCCGCCGCGCAGGAGGAGCGCGAGCUGCUGCAGGAACAGCUGGCCCGGCUGGAGGGCCUGCUGGCCCAGGUGGGCACCGCGCGGGACGAGCUGGCCGGCAGGCACCACGCGGUCCGCGAGCGGCUGCAGGCCCGGCUGCGGACCACGGAGGCCCGGCUGCGGAAGUCAGAGCUGGAGCACAGCAUGGACCUGGAGGAGGCCCUGGGCCGCCUGGAGGCCGCGGAGCAGAGGAGCACCGGCCUCUCCCAGGUGAACGCGCUUCUCAGGGAGCAGCUGGCGCGCAUGCAGAAGGCCAACGACGCCCUGGCCGAGGAGCUGGCCCGGGCGACGGGCAGCGUGCUCCGCCUGCAGGCCCAGACACAGCCCCGGCCGCGGCUGCGCCUCCGGGAGCGGCCCCGGGACCUCCUCCUCCUGUGGAGACAGGUGGCAGCGCUGCGGGCGCCCCUGGCUGAGCUGCGGUCAGCCGCCGAGAGGGGCCUGGCUGACCUGCGAGCAGACGCGGCCGGGACAGCCCGACGCCUGCGCACGGCCUGCUUGAGCCUCGACCCCGGCCUGUGGCUGUCGGCCGGCGGCGCGGUGGGCGCCCUGGAGCAGCGGCUGCGGGACAAGGCACGGGAGAUCCGGUGCCUGCGGGCCAGGUGGGCACCCGAGCGCCCCCGGCUUUUCUGCAGACUCUCCGAGCAGACACUGCUGGUGGAGAAGCUCACAGAGCAAAACUCAAGGAAGGAGAGGACCAUCUCCUCCCUCAGGGGGGACGUUCAGAGGCUGGCGUCCCAGCGCCGCGGAGGCCGGCUGGCGGCCGACGGCGUGGAGGGCCAAGUGGAGUCCCUGCGGCGUGUCCUGGACGUCAUCACGGAGGUGGCCCAGGCGGACUCGGGGUCCCCGGCGCUGGCGCAGAGCAGCCGCACGGACAGGCAGGGGGCACUGAGUCCGCUGAGGAGCCCCCCACGCACCUGGUCCCCUCGCUGGGGCCCGUCCCCACCACGGUCCCGCUCCCCGGCCGCCCUGGACCCCGCGCUGCAGGCCGUGCAGGCAGCGCUCACGAGGCGGCGGCAGCAGGAGCAGGAGCUGCGCGUGCAGCUGGAGUCCUUGCAGGCGGUGGCGGCCGGGCUCCGGGAGCAGCUGGCGGCGUGGCAGCGGGAGCUGCAGGCCUCACGGAGGGCCCUGCAGCAGCGGGAGCAGGAGCGCGAGGGCCUCCUGGACAGGCUGGAGGCGCAGCGGCUGGAAGCGCAGCGGCAGGAGGCGGCCCACGAGCUCCUGAGGAGAGAGAAGGCGGCUCUGGCGGUGGAGGUGGAGGAGCUGCGGGCCCAGGCGGGCAUCUGGGACGCGGACAAGCAGAGGCUGGAGGCGGAGACCGCGGAGCUGCAGAGGCGCCUCCUGCUCUGGGCACAGCAGGAGGGGGAGCUGGAGACCAGCCAAGGGCGCCUGGAGCAGCUGGAGGAGGAGGUCUCGGGGCUCCAGACGGAGCUGCUGUCAGCCCGGGAGGCGCUGACCACGGCCCAGCUGCAGGGGGACACCCUGGGGAGCGAGAGAGCGGCGCUGCAAGGCGCCCUGGCCCGGGCCGAGUCCGGCAAGGCUGACCUGGAGGUGCUGGUGACCCGGCUGAAGUCAGAGGGGGCGCAGCAGCGGGACGCCCUGGCCAGCAUGGCCGCCCUGAUGGAGGGCCUGGCCCAGGACAAAGGCGCCCUGACCCACCAGGUGCUGCAGCUGCAAGAGGCGCAGGACCAGCUGCGGGAACAGGAGCGGGCGCUGAGGCAGGAGCAGGCAGGCACCCGCGAGCGGCUGGAGCAGCUGGAGGGGCAGGUGGGCCAGGUGAGAGCUUCGCAGGGGUUCCUGGCUCCGCCCCACCCUGCAGGGCCACCCCUUCCUCUCUGGAGGGUGGACAGGUCACAGGUCACGCUGGCUCAGGACGUCGUGCGUGAGAAGCAGGCCCUGGAGGAGCAGCUGGCCCAGAGCCUGCGGGACCAGGAGGCCCAGGCGGACUCCCUGCGGAGGGCCCUGCAGGAGGAGGAGGCUUGGUCUGAGGAGCGGGCCCAGCUGCUGGCCAAGCAGGAGGCCCUGGAGAGGCAGGGCCAGCUCACGGCUGCGGAGGCGGCCGAGCUCAGGGCCCAGCGGGACGCGCUGGAGAGCAGCCUCUUCGAGGCCCAACAGCUGGUAGAGCAGCUGCAGGCGCAGCAGGAGCAGCUGGAGGGAGAGGCCCAGAGCGCCCGGCGCGCCCGGCAGGUCCUGCAAGUGGAGCUGGAGCAGCUGAGAGGCGCCUGGGAGGUCCGGGGGACCAGGCUGGAGUGGGAUGUGGGGCGGCUGCAGCGGCAGGUGGUACAGCAGGAGCGGGACGCACAGCUGGCCCUGGAGAGCCAGGCGCUGGGCCACCGCGAGGACCUCGCCCAGCUCCAGAGAGAGAAGGAGACCCUGCGUCUGUCCCUGGCGGAGGAGAAGGCGGUGGCGGCGGAAAGCAAGGCCCGGGCGGAGGCUCUGGAGAAGGAGACGCAGAGCCUGAGGCACGAGCGGGACAGACACCUCCUCCAACGGGAGCGUGAGAUGCAGCAGGCCCUGUCCCAGGAGGAAGCAGGCAGGAGGCUGCUGCAGGAGCGGCUGCGCAGGGCCGAGCGGGCGCAGCAGGAGGCCCACGACCGGCAGCAGCAGGCGGAGGCCACGGCCAUGAGCACUGCCGCGGAGCUGGGCGCCCUGCAGGCGCAGUUCGAGGAGGCCAUCGCAGCCCAUCAGAGGGAGGCCGCGGCUCUGAGCAAGAGCCUCCGGGGGCUGGCGGCCGAGCGGAGCGACGCGGGCCGAGAGGCCGAGCGGCUGCAGGCACAGCUGCGGGAGGCCCAGGAGGCGCUGGCCAUGCUGCGCAGGGAGGCCGAGGAGGCCCACCGGGCGCUGAGCGCCGAGGCCCUCGAGAAGGACGUGCUGCAGCGGUCCAACGCGGAGUUGCAGGCCGCCGUGCACAGGGCUGAGCAGGAGAAGGCCAGGUUUCAGCGCUCCAAGGAGGAGAAGGAGCACACGGUGCUGGUCCUGGAGGAGGCCCGGGCCGCGGCCCAGAAGGAGGCGGGCGAGCUGCGGGCCAGCCUUCGGCAGGCGGAGCGGGCCCAGUCAGACGCCCGCCGGCAGCUGCAGGGGCUCCGCAGGCAGGUGAAGGCGCUGGAGGCCGAGAACCAGCGGAAGAGCCAGGAGGUGCUCCGGCUGCAGGCCCAAUGGGCACAGGACGCCUGGCGGCGGCGGCAGGGCCGGCGCGAGGCCCUGGAGCGGCAGAGGCGGGCGGCCGAGGCGGAGGCUGCCCGGGAGGGCGCCCGGAUGCAGGUCCCGAGGCUGCAGCGGACGCUGGCGGAGGUGGAGGCUGUGGCGGAGGCCCGGGCCCAGCAGCGGGAGGUGCGCCUCCGCGAGAGCCAGGGGGCCGAGCGGACGCUGCGGGCUGAGCUGCAGCAGGCGCAGGCCCGGGCCGAGGGCGCCUGGCGGGCCGCGCAGCCCCAGCGGGGCUGGCCGUGGACCACGCUGCGCCGGAAGCUGGGGCUCUGGGUCCAGAGCCCCUCCGUGGGCCCCGCGCGGCCCAGCUCCCCCCUCCCAGGCUCGGGUGGCUCCCAGGGUUGCUCUGGGCGGCACCACGCCAGCCGCCCGGCCCGGUCCUGCUCUCCAGCCCGAGGGCCCUCGCCCGCCCCGGGGCACCUUGGCCAGCAGGCGGUGCACAUGGCCUCCUCGCAGCAGGCCCUGAGGGACCUGGUGCAGAAGCUGCGGGACACCCGGCGGGAGCGGGACACCUGGCGCUCCGAGGCGGCCAGCCGGAGAGGCCUGCUGGGAGAGGCGCAGAGCGAGCGUGCCCGAGCCCAGGGCCACGUGGGGCGGCGGCACCGGGCGCCGGCCCAGGCGGAGGGCCGGCGCCAGGCGGAGGCGGAGGCGGGCAGCGCGUGGGCCGCGCGGGCCCCGCGGGCCCCGCAGGAGGAGGCGCUGCAGAGGCUGCAGGCGGAGCACCGGGCGAGCGCGCGGGCCGCCGGCCAGGACCGGAGGCAGCUGCAGGAGCAGCUGGACGCGCUGCACCAGGCCCUGGACGCGAGCAGGAGGCACGGCCAGGGCCUGGCCCAGAGGGGUCGGCGGCUGCAGGACCAGGUCGCCGGCCUGGAGCGCAGGUGCCAGGAGGCGGAGAGCGCACUGGGGGCCCUGCGGCAGGUGGCCCGCCCGAAGGAGCCGCCGGACCAGGAAGCGCAGCAGCCGCGCCAGGCCCGCCUCAGCCCGGCCUCCGCGACGAAGCAGUGA